AUGGAUGAAAAUUCUUCAUUAAUUCCCGAUGAAGAUGAUAUUACUGACAGUGCGAAGUUGCAAAAUGAUCAAACUGACUUUCAAAACGAUUUUAUGAGUAUCAAUAAAUGGGCAAUUAUACCCUCACUUUGGUGUGGAGCAUUUUUAGCAGCUUUGGACUCAACUAUCAUCACCGCAACUUAUACUGUAAUUGGUACAGAAUUCAAAAAAUCAGAACAAGCUUCAUGGAUUGCAACAUUGUACAUGCUUUCAUCUUCUGCAUUUCAGCCAUUGUACGGUGGUCUUAGUGAUAUGUUUGGCCGUAAGAUAGUUCUCGUUUAUGCUAAUGCCAUAUUCUUACUAGGUUCUUUUGGAUGUUAUCUUGCUCAAACUAUGACCCAGUUACUAGUUGCACGAGUGGUUGCGGGAAUAGGUGGUGCUGGAUUGGGAACACUCAGUUCAAUAAUAGUCAGUGAUUUGGUUCCAUUGAAAGAAAGAAGCACAUAUAAUGGAUUUGCCAAUUUGGUAUUUGGUAUAGGUCAAGUAAUUGGUGCUCCUGUAGGAGGUUACUUGGCAGACAGUCUUGGUUGGAGAUACGCAUUUUUGAUCCAAUGUCCUAUCACUGCAAUAUCGAUUUUAAUCAUUCAUUAUCGGGUUCGCUUACCAGUGAAAUCAUCUGCAAGGGCAAGAUUGAGAGACAUAGAUUUUGUGGGCUCAAUUUUUUUAAUUGGUGCUGUCAUACUUGCACUUCUUGCACUUCAAUUUCUGAAAAGUAGAGGAGCUUCUCAGAUAACAUUGCUAACACUUUGUUGCAGCAUUUGCUGUUUUAUGUUGACAUUCUAUGUCGAAUCCGUGGUACAAAACCCCAUAAUUCUGAUAAAAGUCUUAUUAAGUAGAAACCCACUACUUUCAGGUCUUACCAAUUUCUUCGGAUAUAUGGGCUUUUUCUCAAUCACUUUCAAUAUUCCAUUGUUCUUACAGGUGAUCCAUGAUGAACCCGCUAGUAAAGCUGGAUCGAGACUUAUUACUAGUGUUGUUGGUAUGUGUGUCGGUUCUUUAACAGCAGGAGUCAUAACCAGAAAAACCAAAAGAUAUUAUGAGUUGGUUGUCUUAGGAGUGAUUUGUGAGAUAGUUGGAAGUGUUUUGGUUUCAACGUUUCUGCAAGAAACAGCAAGCUGGAAAUUCCAAUUAUACUUAUUUCCCAGCGGACUCGGUCAUGGUUUGGUAUUGAGUUCCACAUUAAUGGCCAUUAUUUCUUCAGUCAAGAAAUCCGAGCAAGCUAAGGCAACAUCUAUGAGUUACCUCUUCCGGGUUCUAGGAUCUGCGUUUGGAGUUUCACUAACAUCCACGCUAAACUCUUUUCUUUUGAGAAAAUGGUUAACUGUAGCUUUGGAAAACAUUCCAGGUAACAAGCAGAUUACUGACAAGGUUAUGCAUUCAUUUUUGGACAUCAGAAAUCUUCCGCAGGGAAUAAGAAGCUUAGUUAAACAAGAAUUUGCUGGCAUGCUCCACACAUCCUUUUCUUUGGUCAUUUUGAUCGAAUUUGUUUCAUUGUCAUUUGCUGUUUUCAUAAAGCAAUAUUCUUUAGAUCGUUGA